UUUCUAUUUAGCAAUUCUUCAUAUCACUCUUACGUUUGAGUAUCUAAGAUCUUUUUUUAUUGAUGUGAUUGGAUAAAAUAAAAAAUGCUUCAGAAUAUUAAGCUUAUUCAUCCAAUGAUUGACUAAACGAACUGAAGGAGACAGAAAUUAAACUAUCAGAAGUAGGUUUAAAAGAUUUUUCCUUACUGUUAUUUUUAGCAGAAAUGAACUUAACAUGGGAUCCAAUUAAAAAAGGUUCAAGUUUGGCACCGCCAAACAACAAUUUUUAGCAAAUAAAAAACGAUAAUCAGAUUAUCAAAAUGUUUUGGGAACUCUGGCAUUGAAAUCAGAAAGACACUAUUGGGAAAUAAAGAUUGAAAAGUAUGUUGAUGAGGAACAUAUUCAUAGAAGUAGCCAGGUAAGGCAUUAUAAUGUAAAAAUUUAGAAAAUAAAUAGAUAUGCAAAAUAAACCAACUAUAACUCAAAAUUUCUAGGGUUAAAUCUGGUUAUGUGCAAGGAAAUUUGGAGCCGACGUCUAGAUAUCAGAUUACGGAUACUUGGCUCUAUAGAAUGAUACUAUAGAUGAUUUACAAGAAUUCAGAAGUGGUAUUCGAACUUUAUCAUUUUAUCGAAACCGAUUAAUUGUGUAGAAACAUUUUAUAAUCUGACAUAUACAUUCUACCUAGUUCUGUGUAUAUUUUAUGGAGAGGUCUAAGUUACUUUAAAUUCAAAAGCCUCGCUAUAUUUAAAUUAUUAAAUAUUUUCAUCCAGCAAGGUGAAUGA